AUGUAUCUUCUAUUUAAUUUUAAAAUGGGUUCGCAGACAAGCAGGCAUCUUGAAAGCAGUCAAACCAAUUCAUUUAUCCACGGAUUUGAAGAAGAAAGAACUGAAGACAGGCUCAAUUUAGAAGAUACAAGCAGAGAAAGCUCUCUAGCAUCAUCUCUGACAGAAAACGAUAAUUUUAUUAGAGACCCUAAUAUCGUCACUUAUACGUUUAAAUGGAAUAAUGGAGGAAAAGAAGUCUCAAUUGUAGGGGCAUUUAAUGACUGAAAAGAAAUAAUUCAAAUGGAAAGAAGAGGCAACGAGUUUGCUUUGGACGUUUUGCUUAAAAGAGAUACUGUUUAUGAUUAUAAAUUUUUAGUUGAUGGAGAAUGGAGAUUUGCAAAUGAGCAGCCGAUUAAAAGAGAUCCUAUGGGAAACGUAAAUAACUGAAUUGAUACGAAUGCACUUAAUGAGGAAGAAGAUGGGACUUUGACUGCAAAAAAUCCAGAGAAAUACUCUCAUUCCCCCCCUUUAAAUUGGAACAAAAAAUUUUGUUCCAAUUUAAAGGGGGGCUAAGAAAAAUUUUUUAUAAAAAAUAUCAAUAUAAAAAUUUUUUAGAAAAAAAAAAAAUUUCAAAAAUUUAUCGAAUUAGAUUAAUAAUAAAUUUGUUUAAUAAAAUGCGAUUUACUCUUUAUCCUUUAAAACAAAGCAAGAUAUAACUAGAUUUUCAUCAUUAGUUGAUACGCCACUAUUAAUUAAUAUCAAAACUAUUUACACACAAAAAUUAUUAUUUUUAUUGAUAAAAAAAAAUUAAAAAAAAAAAUUUAGAAAAUUUAUUGAUCAAAGUGCUAAUUUUGUUUAAAUAAGAUGCUAUUUAUACUCUAUUCUUUAAAAUAAAGCAAGAAAUAAGUAAAUUUUCAAUUUUUUGUAAAGAAUUCGCAUUGAAUUUAUAUCAAAACUAUCUAAAUAAAAAAUAUCAUUUUUAUCAAAAAAAUAAAAAAUUAAAAAAAAAAAAAAAAUUAAUUGUUUUUAAAAAUUUACCAAUUAAGGAUAAUAAAUUUAUUCAAAUAAGAUGCUCUUUAUACUCUCUUCUCUCAAAAAAAAAGAGCAGGAUAUAACUAAAUUUUUAAUUUUAGUUAAGAGAGAGAGAAAUCUUUAUUACUUAAAGGCCUUUAUUUCAGGGCCAUGCCCCGAUUAAAAAUUUUUUUAACUUUCUUCUUUUCCUAAAAUCUUUGGAUAAAAUUUUAGUAAAAUUUUCUGAACCCACGUAAUCCGCGAUUUUUUCGAUUUCUGAGUCUGAUAUGAAUUUUCUAUAUCUGAUGAAAUUUGAAUCUGAUCUAAAUUUUAUUUUCCUGAUAAUGUUUGAUUCUGAUAUCAAUUUUUAUUUUUCUGAUAAAAUUUGAAUCUGAUCUAAUUUUUAUUUUUCUGGUGUUCAGGAUUUUCUUAUCGAUUGUCUUCUUAUCAUCAAUGAUCACCUCAGUCUUCCUAUAUUUGAAGGUUUCCUGAAUAGGAUCUAUUUCAUCUAGUAUUUUUCCAUCUAAACGACUUAAAAAACUCCAAUAUUUUGUCAUCUGUAUCAACAUUUUCUGCAUCACUAUCAUUUCAUUCAUACUCUGAUUCAGAAUUAUCAAGUAAUCCUGUAUCAAUAAGUUCAUUUAAUAGUAAAAGUUCGAAAAAUUCAUCCUGUAAAGCUCCGUUUUCUUCACAAAAAGAAGAAGAAUAGGAAACAUUACUUUCCGAAUCUUCCAUUAAAAUAAAAGUUUUUAGUUAAGAAGAAACAUUUAUAUUAUAUCAAAACUUUUUACAUAAAAAUUAUGAUUUUUAUAUAUAAAAUUUUUUAUUAAAAAAUUAAAUUUUGUUCCAAUUUAAAGGGGGUUAAUUUACCAAAAAAGUGGAAAAUUUUACCUAUAUUUUGUUCCAAUUUAAAGGGGGGAAGUCAGGAUUUUUAUGCAGAUUUAACCACUAUGGAUCCUGACCCUUUACCAUUGCAUCUUUGCUAUGUUCUUGCAAAUCAUUCAGGAUCUUUCGAUUAUAGGCAAAAAGAUACAGUUCCAAGUAACUCUCCAAUACAUUUGACUAAUGCAGAGCUGGCUGGAGAAAAUAAUUUGCCGGUUAAUGAACUGCCAAUUCCGUCUCAUGUAAUAUUGAAUCAUGUAGGAAUCAGGGCAAAUGAAAGAGUCAUUGGCCUGACAACAACCCAAAGGUAUAGGGAGAAGUAUGUGACUACUAUUUACUAUAAACCAAUCAAAUAG